GCCGGGGAGUGGCGUCUAUGCAGCCGGCCCGCCCCGGGGAGGGCAGCGGCCCCCGGGGCAUGGACACCGGGGCCGGCCCGGGCCGGGGCACUGGGCUGAGGUGCUGAGUGGCGCGGGGCUCGGGGCUCGGGGCGCCCGCACCCUCUUGCCCGCACCCUCCUGCCCGCAUUCUCCUCCCGCGCGCCUGGCCAUGGGCUGCUCCCCGCGGGGCCUGUGGCCCGCGCUCCUGGCUCUCGUCCUCGCCGUCCGACUCCGCGCCUCGGGUGCCCAGCAGAGUGCCACUGUGGCCAACCCAGUGCCUGGAGGAAACCCUGACCUGUUACCCCAUUUCCUGGUGGAGCCUGAGGAUGUCUACAUCGUCAAGAACAAGCCGGUGACACUCACGUGCAAGGCCAGCCCUGCCACCCAGAUCUACUUCAAGUGUAAUGGGGAGUGGGUUCACCAGGGAGACCACAUAACAGAGCACAGCACCGAGAAGGGCAGUGGGCUGCCCAUGAUGGAGGUCCGCAUCAACAUCUCCAGGCAGCAGGUGGAAAAGGUCUUCGGUCUGGAGGAGUACUGGUGCCAGUGUGUGGCCUGGAGUUCUUCAGGCACCACCAAGAGCCAGAAGGCCUAUGUCCGCAUUGCCUAUUUGCGCAAGAACUUUGAACAGGAGCCUCUGGCCAAGGAGGUGUCCUUGGAGCAGGGCAUCGUCCUGCCCUGCCGCCCGCCCGAGGGCAUCCCCCCUGCCGAGGUGGAAUGGCUCCGAAACGAGGACCUGGUUGACCCGUCCCUGGAUCCCAACGUCUACGUGACCCGGGAACACAGCCUGGUGGUGCGCCAGGCCCGCCUGGCCGACACGGCCAACUACACCUGCGUGGCCAAGAACAUCGUGGCCCGGCGCCGCAGCUCCUCGGCCGCCGUCACCGUCUACGUGAACGGUGGGUGGUCGACCUGGACGGAGUGGUCAGCCUGCAGCGCCACCUGUGGGCGAGGCUGGCAGAAACGCAGCCGGAGCUGCACCAACCCGGCACCGCUCAACGGGGGCUCCUUCUGUGAGGGCCAGAGCGGCCAGAAAACCGCCUGUGCCUCCUUGUGCCCAGUAGACGGAGGGUGGACCGAGUGGAGCAAGUGGUCGGCCUGCGCGCUGGACUGCACCCGCUGGAGGAGCCGGGAGUGCUCCGAGCCCCCGCCUCGCAACGGUGGGGAAGACUGCCAGGGAGCCGACCUGGACACGCGCAACUGCACCAGCGACCUCUGCAUCCACACUGCCUCGGGGCCGGAAGACGUGGCGCUGUACGUGGGGCUCAUCGCCGUGGCCGUGUGCUUAGUGCUCCUGCUGCUCGUCCUCAUCCUGGUCUAUUGCCGGAAAAAAGAGGGCUUGGACUCGGACGUGGCCGACUCGUCCAUCCUGACGUCAGGCUUCCAGCCCGUCAGCAUCAAGCCCACCAAGGCAGACAACUCCCACCUGCUGACCAUCCAGCCGGACCUGAGCACCACAACCACUACGUACCAGGGCACCCUGUGCCCGCGGCAGGACAGUUCCGGCCCCAAGUUCCAGCUCACCAACGGGCACCUCCUUAGCCCCCUGGGCAGCGGCCGGCACACCUUGCACCACAGCUCACCUGCCUCUGAGGCCGAGGACUUCGUCGCCCGUCUCUCCACCCAGAACUACUUCCGUUCCUUGCCCCGGGGGGCCAGCAACAUGGCAUACGGGACCUUUAACUUCCUGGGGGGACGGCUAAUGAUUCCCAAUACAGGAAUCAGCCUCCUGAUCCCUCCAGAUGCCAUUCCCCGGGGAAAGAUCUAUGAGAUCUACCUCACACUGCAUAAGCAGGAAGAUGUGAGGCUGCCCCUAGCUGGCUGCCAGACCCUGCUGAGCCCCAUCAUUAGCUGCGGGCCUCCCGGCGUCCUGCUCACCCGGCCAGUCAUCCUUUCCAUGGACCACUGUGGAGAGCCCAGCCCCGAGAACUGGAGUCUGCGGCUCAAGAAACAGUCUUGUGAGGGCACCUGGGAGGAUGUGCUGCACCUGGGCGAGGAGUCACCGGCCCACCUCUACUACUGCCAGCUGGAGGCCCGAGCUUGCCACGUCUUCACGGAGCAGCUGGGCCGCUUUGCCCUGGUUGGGGAAGCCCUGAGCUCGGCCGCGGCUAAGCGCCUCAAACUUCUGCUGUUCGCCCCGACGGCCUGCACCUCCUUGGAAUACACCAUCCGUGUCUACUGCCUCCACGACACGCAUGACGCGCUGAAGGAGGUGAUCCAGCUGGAGAAGCAGAUGGGGGGACAGCUGAUCGAGGAGCCCCGGGUCCUCCACUUCAAGGACAGUUAUCACAAUCUACGCCUCUCUAUCCAUGACGUACCCAGCUCCCUGUGGAAGAGCAAACUGCUUGUCAGCUACCAGGAGAUCCCAUUUUAUCACAUCUGGAAUGGUGGGGCCCAACAGUUCCUUCACUGUACCUUUACCCUGGAGCGCUUCAGCCCCAGCACUACUGACCUAGCCUGUAAGAUCUGGAUCUGGCAGGUGGAGGGCGAUGGGCAGAGCUUCAAUGUCAACUUCAACAUCAACAAGGACACAAGAUUUGCCGAAUUGUUGGCUCCAGACAAUGAAGGGGGGGUCCCAGCCCUGGUGGGCCCCAGUGCCUUUAAGAUACCCUUCCUCAUCCGUCAGAAGAUCAUCAGCAGCCUCGACCCUCCCUGUGGCCGGGGAGCUGACUGGAGAACUCUGGCCCAGAAACUGCACCUGGACAGCCAUCUUGGCUUCUUUGCCUCCAAGGCCAGCCCCACCGCCAUGAUCCUCAACCUGUGGGAGGCCCGGCACUUCCCCCACGGCAACCUCAGCCAGCUGGCGGCUGCUGUGGCCGACUUGGGCAAACAGGACACUGCCCUCUUCAUGGUGUCUGAGGCCGAGUGCUGAGCCUGAGGCCAGGACUGGCUCCCUGCACAUGCACCAGCAUCAGUGGACACCUUGGGCGUGGGCCAGAGGCAAGGUGGGGGGCAGGGAUGGCACCCCUGAAAUGACGUCCACCCUGCUGUCCCUCCUUUCUUGCUUUGUGCCCAGGGAGCCCCUUCUCACAGCCAUGACUGGGCCAAGUUAACUUCCCCCAGCCCCUCUCAGAGGGCUCCUCCCCUGGCCAUCCCACUGCCCCGGGUUGGGCCUUGAGCACACUGGGGAUGGGUACCAGUCGUUGACACAGCAUCACCCAGAGCUGGGGGGCUGAGUCCAGCAGGAAGGAGGGAAGAGAAUCGCCCCCAAGGCCAGGAGAGGGAUCUCGGCAGGUCCGGAGGCAGAUGGCACGUGUGUCUGCGUGUGUGUGUGUCAUGCUACCUCUCCCUCCACCCCUCCCUUGGGGUUACACAUACACAUGGACACAAACACGGGAGUCGGGGAACGGGGUCACUUUGCCCACCCAGAGCUGGGCCUUAUGCAAACAUUUCUGUGCCUGUGGGGGGAGAGCAGAUCUGAGGGGGACCCUCUCCCCGACCAAGGGGAGCGGCCCAAACCCAGGAUCAUGCUUGUCAGCUCCAGGGCCCCGGCCCAUGUUGUGGAAGCUCAGGGGACUGGGCGCCCAGCCACCCCCCCGUGGUUCACCCCCAGCUUCUAUCUGUGCUCUCCCCCACGUGUCACCUCCUGGAUCCCUGUCUCAUGCACACUCACCCACUCACAGUAGACAUGUACCUCAAGACACCCCACCACAUCUGUGCAUCGUGUCGCACACGUGCCCCACACGUGCCUCUCACACAGGCAGCAGUGCUGCUGCUCCCAUCCCCACAGGGACACAGGCUUGCUCCUCUCCUCCCCUCCCCACCCUCCCUGUCCCCCUCCCCGCCAGCAGCAGGGAGGGCCCGGUCCAACCCAGCCCCUUCCCCCAUUCCCCAAACCCCUCCUCAGGCCCUGCGGGGCGGGUGUAUAUGCAAAGGGAGUCAUGCGUUGUACAUUGGCGAGUGUCUGUGCUGUAGUGUGUCCGUCCCUGGUCCCUGGAGCCGGGGCAGGCCCAGCCCUUACCCUGUCCCAGUGCCCCUCACACAGGGCGUGUUGUGUAAAGACCGUUUCUUUUUCUAAUUCUGUAUUCAAAGUGCAUUCAAGUACUUACACUUGGCCUUAUGUACAUACAGCCUUGCCCGGCCGGGCACGUAGGGAUUUUAGCGGACGUGAAUAAUGUAAAUAAAUGAUAUAUAUAUUGCUAAA